GAUCCGAUCGGAAUCUUGGCCAUGGAUGCUCUUUCUCAGGCGAUCACUUCCGGGAUCUCCUCCGUUCCUUACAAGAAGAACAAUUCUUCUCUCGUUCCUUGUCAUGGACUCUCCUCCUUAAUCCUCCGGCAAACGAGAUCUCCGGCGAAUCCCUCAUCACGAAUCUCGUCGGUGAGAGCUUCGGCGAUUCAACAUAGCAAAACCUCAGCUUCGUCGAUCGAUCUCAGCGAUCCAGAUUGGAAAUUAAAGUAUGAGAAAGAUUUCGAGCAACGAUUCAACAUCCCUCACAUCACUGAUGUCUUACCUGAUGCAGAAGCUAUUCGUUCAACGUUUUGUCUCAAGAUGAGGUCUCCGACGGAAGAUUUUGUUGGUGGUUACCCAUCUGAUGAAGAAUGGCAUGGAUACAUUAAUAACAAUGAUAGAGUUCUUCUCAAGGUUAUUCGUUACUCUUCACCUACUUCUGCUGGAGCUGAGUGCAUUGAUCAUGACUGUUCUUGGGUUGAACAAUGGAUUCACCGUGCUGGGCCGAGGGAGAAGAUAUACUUCAGACCGGAAGAAGUAAAGGCUGCGAUUAUCACUUGUGGUGGCCUUUGUCCUGGUCUCAAUGAUGUCAUUAGACAUAUUGUCAUCACUCUUGAGAUUUAUGGUGUUAAGAACAUUGUGGGGAUUCCUUUUGGUUAUCGAGGCUUCUCUGAUAAAGAUCUAACUGAAAUGCCGUUAUCAAGGAAAGUGGUUCAGAAUAUUCAUCUAUCUGGAGGAAGCUUGCUUGGAGUUUCACGUGGAGGCCCGAGUGUUAGCGAAAUUGUCGACAGCAUGGAGGAGAGAGGAAUCAACAUGCUUUUCGUGCUGGGUGGAAACGGAACUCAUGCUGGCGCUGACGCUAUACACAAUGAGUGCCGCAAAAGAAAGAUAAAGGUAGCUGUAGUUGGUGUGCCAAAAACCAUUGACAAUGAUAUUUUACAUAUGGACAAAACUUUUGGGUUUGAUACUGCUGUUGAAGAAGCACAACGAGCUAUAAACUCUGCCUACAUUGAGGCACAUAGUGCUUAUCAUGGCAUUGGUGUUGUAAAACUGAUGGGUCGUAACAGUGGUUUCAUCGCAAUGCAAGCGUCUCUAGCAAGUGGACAAGUGGACAUCUGUUUGAUUCCUGAGGUUCCCUUCAAUCUUCAUGGGCCUAAUGGUGUAUUGAAGCAUUUGAAGUACCUUAUUCAAACAAAAGGCUCUGCUGUGAUCUGUGUAGCAGAAGGAGCUGGACAGAAUUUCCUUGAGAAAACCAAUGCCAAAGAUGCAUCUGGAAACACAGUACUUGGUGAUUUCGGUGUGUACAUUCAACAAGAGACGAAGAAGUAUUUCAAAGAAAUAAGUACUCCAAUAGAUGUGAAGUAUAUUGAUCCAACAUACAUGAUUCGCGCUGUCCGUGCAAAUGCCUCAGAUGGUAUCCUCUGUACUGUUCUUGGACAAAACGCUGUUCAUGGUGCGUUUGCUGGAUACAGCGGAAUCACGGUAGGCAUAAUCAACACUCACUAUGCUUAUUUGCCAAUCCCUGAGGUAAUUGCUUAUCCAAAAUCAGUCGACCCCAAUAGUCGAAUGUGGCAUCGUUGCUUGACAUCAACUGGUCAACCCGAUUUCAUCUAAAAAAUCUUAUUCAAUCACGAAACAAACUGAAGAAAAUAAGCCUCGAAAUGUAUAUACAGCAGCAUUCUUGGUUCCUUAUUAUGAUGUAUCAAAUCAUACAUUUAUUUACUUUUAGUAGGAAAUUUAUUUAAGCAGCGAAAUAAGUCAUCAUUUACCAA